AGAAACUCUUCGAAGCCUAAGGACAACACCUUACCGCUACUGCCACUCUGCAUCCACAAGAGACCAAGAUUCAAAAGCAACAAAUACAGGCCGUGCCCUACUCCACAUACCCUACACUUCCGGGCCUCCACCCUCUUCCCGUCCCUAUUGCCCGUCUGUCCCUCCCUCCCUCCCUCUGUAGUGAGUCAUGAAGUGGUCCCUGUGGAGCCUACUGCUGCUGGUGGUGCGUCUGUGUUCCCCAGGACGAAGUGACUGCCAGGGUGACUGCCUGGCCUGUGGUCUCAUACUACCCAUACCCAACCCCCAGACCCAGCAGCAAACAUUCAACACACUGGUGUGUCUGUUGGAGUGUGAGGGUCACGUCUCUACUGCCCUCACCUGGGAGCUGUGUCAGCGAGCCAUCCUACCGCACUACCUCCUCCCACCAGAUGGCGGUGCUGUGUCUAAGAGAGCAGCAGAGGAGCUGAACCUGGGCCCUGUUCACCCGGAGUCUGAUGGACAACUCCUCUACUCUGCAGCCAUGGAGCACUACCAGCAGGACAGAGAAGACCAGGAAGACAGGGCCCUGGAGCAACGUGAUGCCCAGUACGACUCCUCCCCACUGGGCUCGACCGAGGAGGAAGACUCCCUGGCUCUGGAAAACAGGGAGAAGAAGGAGGAAGAGGACAGGAGGAGGAGCAGUGAGGGGGAGGGAGGAGUUGAGGAGGAGGAGGCCACGGUCCAGCUGAUCAAGCGUUUCGGGGGCUUCCUGAAAGGUCACCAUGGUUAUAGGAAGUUUAUUGGCGGGCCGGUGGGGCGGCCAUUGCAGAAACGCCUAGGAGGGUUCAUCGGGAUCAGGAAGUCGGCCAGGAAGUGGAACAACCAGAAGAGGGUGAGCCAGCUCCUCCGGCAGUACCUGGGGAUGACCAGCAGCAGCAUCCCUGGCCGCGGUGUUGGUCGGUUCAAUAACCCAGGCCAGGGAUUCAGGAGGCUACCCAGCCGGCUGUAGCCUCCCCUUCCCUCCACAACCCCCCGGGGGAGCAGAAUUCUCUUCUCCCCUUCCCUCCACAACCGCCUGGGGGAGCAGAAUUCUCUUCUCCCCGAGCCUCCACCCUCCCAAGUACCUCCAUAGAAAUGAUAAUAACUUUAGUUUACCGUUUGUCUACUAUUAUUUCAGUGUUCUAUUCCUAUAGUUACCAACUAUGUCUACAAGGACCGUGAACUCCCUCGUACCUCAUCAGCCUAAUGAAGAAGAGUAAUGAUAUGGUCAUUCUGAAACCCAUCCGGUGUUGUGAAGAGAAGUAAGGAACGUUUCCUUCCAGCCAAUCAAUGUUUCUCCCACUCUACCGUCCCAGUUAAUGAACUGCAUCCUGAAAAAAUAAAAUUACAAUGUAAUAUUGUGUGUCAGUAUCGUAAAAUCCAGACGACAUGAUACUAGAUGGUGGAUAUAAUACCAUCCCAUGUUAGGAUGAUGACUGGAUGGAUGUUUAUGAUGUAUGUAUGCACUUUAACUUAGCUUGAGCGAGUGAGAGGUUGCAUUUGUUAUUUGCACUCUUCACGGUCUCUGGAUCAUUAAAGAACUGGUGAUCUGCAUCUUCUCUAUUCUGGGAAUAUACUGUACGUCACUGGGCAGAGAACAGUCGUCACUAUCUGGCCAAGUUGCAAAGU